UCAAAUAAGUCUGAGGACAAGAACAUGUCAUCAGGCUCCUGACAAAAGGAAAUGUUGACAGUCACACAGAGACAAAGGCCAACAGAGCCAUUGCCUUCUUUUCUCUCAGGGAUGGCUCUAAAUAGCCCAUGAAACAGGUAUGUUAAGAUACCAAGGUUGAAAUGUCUCUGUCAGUGGAUCAGCAGGGAUCACAAAGAUCUCAGGGGAGUAGGUGGCUGCAGAGUUCGAUGUGCACCCUGUGAAAAUGCAGCCUUAGUUGUUUUUUCUGUUGCUCACUACACUGCCUGAAGCAACAGUUGCUUCACUUCCUCCUCCUCCACCUCCUCCUCCUCAGGCAUCUCCACAGACACCAUCUUAAACUGGGUUCAGCACAACUUCUGCUUUGUUUCUUAAACCCCUCAAAUGUCCAUCCCUUGUUGACAAGAGAGGUGCGGCAGAGUGGAAAAAAAUCAUCUUGUUAUGAUUUAGGCUUCAGAAAUGGAUCCCAGGCAUUUCAUCCUAAUGCUCUUCUGUGGCUGCCUGACAAACACAGUUCUUUCAGAGACCAGGGCAAUCUCAACAGUCUCACCUGAGACGAUUCCUUUUACAUCAUCAGUGUCUAAUACAGUGGCUCAUUUUGGAAACGGAACAGAGAACCCUCUCAAUCAAACAUUACAAGUGAUCCACACUCCUUCAGGACAACCAUCAUCUUCACCCAUCUCCAGGGCCUCUGGGCAGCCACCAACUUCACCAGUCCCUGGAUCCUCUGGGCAACUAAAAAUACCACCUGCUCCUAAUUCCUCGGGACAACCACCGUUAUCAUCCAUUCGCAAGUCUUCUGGUCCAACACCAGUACCACCUGUCCCCAAGUCCUCCAGUCAACCAAUAGCAUCACUUAUCUUAAAUUCCACCAGGCAACAACCAGGAUCUCCAGUCCCGAGCUUCUCUAGUCAAGCACCAGAAUCACCCAUCAGCUCCUCCAGUCAAUCGCCAGCAUCAACUGGCUCCGAAUCCACUAGGCAACCACCACCAUCAGUCACCAACUCUACCAGGCAAUCACCAGUAACACCAGUUCACAUCUCCUCCCAGAAACCACCAGCACCAUCUGGCCCCAGCCCCACCGAGCAAUCAAUAUCAACUUUUCCUACUCCAGCAUUCAACCAAGAAGAGAACAACAACCCCCCCCCAACCAAGCCUCAGAGCUCUACUGCCAAUUCAAUAGCUGCUGUGUUAAUUGGCACCAUUCUGACCUUUAUGAUAGUCACUAUAUUUAUAAUUGUUGUCUGGAAAUGCUUUAGAAAACCAAUCGCCCGUGACCAAAACUGGGCUGGCCGGUCUCCCUUUGCUGAUGGAGAAACUCCUGAUAUGUGUAUGGACUACAGCAGAGAAAACGGAAAAUCCGUAAAACGCUCAUCAAUUGUUUCACUGGAGAUCUGGAAGCCCAACAAAAGCAUGCUCUUAGCAGAUGAUCUGGAUGUGAAAUUGUUUGACUCAAGUGAAAAUUGUGAUGAAUGCCCUAAGUCGGAUGUGGAGAAAACAGAAGAACUGCCCAAUGGGACAUCAGAGGACAGCGCUGACAGAUCUACAGUUGGCACUGCUAUUUCUUCUUCAGAAGAGACGGAAUCGACCCCAGCUCCUCCUCUCCUUGAUUUAGAUGGGCCAGGAAAUCCAAAUGCUGACUCAUCCAACUCCCUUGAAAAUGACUUUUCUCAUCUCCCACCUCCUCUGGACUGCCUCAACACCGAGGACACUCAGGAAAUUCCUCCUCUCACUGACCCUUCUGCACUGCCCCCUCCUCCAGAAGUUCUCCUCAGAGAGCAGGAGGAACACAACUCACAAGUUCGUAAUUCAGUUUCACCCCCAUUAGAGACCCGGUUUCCCACUCCUCUUGACUCUAGUCAACAAGCCUUGGAUGAAUUGCUGCCUCCACCACCUGUGGAAUUAUUGUAAAAGAUCACAGCUUGCUGAUGUUAAGACUUUAAAAAAGACUAGCUUUAGUUUUCCCCUUUCAAUGCUAGGGAAAAUGAACUGCCAUCCAACCUAGAUUUUCAUUCAAUCUGCUUAAAACUUUCUUAAAUUCACGUAAAUAUUAAAAAGUGCUUCCCCUAGAAUAGAAAUUCUUUUCUGAUACUUAACUGUUUGCUGAGUUUGGCACAAUAUCUAACUGCUCCAUUUCAAAGCACAGAAAAAAUCUGUUUAAUGUUUAAAGUUAAUAGAUAGCUCUCUGUUCAGGAGUUUUACAAGAUUGUUGUCAUCUUGACCGUAAUAAAAGACAACUUGCAACAAGGUGUUGUACUAAAUUUCUUAGAAGUUCUAAUCUGCAAG